CUUCGCUCUGAGGGAAACUGGAAGCACAGACGGCGAGUUCAGGUUGGUUCAAGAAACAUCUGCUGGCUGCAUCGCUCCCGAAACUAUUUCUGAGAUGUACCGACUGACCCUGCUUACGUUGGCAGUGUUGCCCUUCAUGGUAAAUGGAGGGAAAGUUUUGGUCUUCCCUUUGGAUGGAAGUCACUGGGUCAACAUGAACAUCAUCUUAGAAGAGCUUCACGCCAGAGGCCAUGAAGUCACCGUUGUGCGACCAUCAGAUGCCUGGUACAUCAAGCCAGACUCCCCUCAUUAUAAGUCCAUUACCAUUAACAGUUCUGGAGGUUUUGAGAAAGAAAACUUUGAGCUAUAUGUAACAAGAACUCUAAACAUGAGGCGCCAAGGUGCUUCCUUCUGGACCCGGAUAUCUCUAGAGUAUGAUGUCAUGAUACAGUUUUACGAGAUGCAUAAGCAAGGACUUCAGAUGGUUGAAGAUGUUUUUGAAAAUAACCAACUGAUGCAGAGUCUCCAUGAUGCCAAAUAUGACCUGGUCCUAACUGACCCUGGAACUGGUGGAGGUGUUCUUCUGGGUCACCGUUUGGGUCUCCCUCUUGUUUUUAACGUCAGAUGGACAAUUCAGGGUGAAGGGCAUUAUGCAAUUGCACCCUCCCCACUGUCUUAUAUCCCAGUGCCCGGGUCAGAACUAUCUGAUAGAAUGACAUUCAUGCAGAGGGUCCAAAAUGUAUUGUAUUAUGUCAUCACUUGCCUCCAAAUUCGGUUCAUCACAGAUCCAAACUACAAACCCUUUGUCCAUCGUCACUUUGGCAAAGAUGUAGAUUACAUACAGCUGUUUCAAUCAGCUGACAUCUGGCUUAUGAGAAACGACUUCACCUUUGAGUUUCCACGACCAACAAUGCCAAACAUCAUCUACAUGUCAGGAUUCCAGUGCAAACCCUCCAAACCUCUCCCCAAACAACUGGAGGACUUUGUACAGAGUUCUGGAGACCAUGGUGUCAUUGUGAUGACAUUGGGGACAUUGGUAGAAAAGCUCCCUGACGACAUGGCUGAGGACAUCGCUGCUGCUUUUGCUGAGCUUCCCCAGAAGGUGAUCUGGAGGCACAAAGGAAAGAAGCCAUCCACCCUUGGCAACAAUACCCUAAUCUUGGACUGGUUACCCCAAAAUGAUCUCCUUGGUCAUCCCAAAACCAAAUUGUUUGUGGCUCAUGGAGGCACCAAUGGAAUGCAAGAGGCAAUCUAUCAUGGCGUUCCCUUGGUUGGCUUGCCACUCAUGUUUGAUCAACAAGACAACUUCUUCAAGAUGGCAUCAAGAGGAGUGGCCAAAGUCCUGGACAUUGCAGAACUUAAGAAAGAUGUCUUCUUGGAGGCUCUGAAGGAGGUUCUCUAUGAGCCUUCAUACAGAGAGAAGAUGAAGGAGCUGUCCAGCCUCCACAGGGAUCAGCCCAUGAAACCUCUGGAUCGAGCCAUGUUCUGGAUCGAGUUUGUCAUGAGGCAUAAAGGAGCGGCCCAUCUGAGGACUGAGUCCUACAAGAUGUCUAUGAUCCAAUACCACUCUAUUGACGUUUUGGCAUUUCUGUUGGCAAUUAGUCUGCUGCUCUUUACUGUUUUUAUUUUGAUAGUCAAAUUUCUCUGGAAGAGAGUGUUUCAUAGCAGUAAAGCUAAAAAAGAAUAAUGAAAAUGUUUUCAAACUGAAGCAAAUUUGUUUCAAACAGUGCAAUCGGUUACCAUGCAUGUUAGAUUUCAGUGUCUUGAAGUACAACAUUUCCAGUAAUAUAUUAAUCAACUUACUAAUGAGAUGAAGAAAUGUCCAAAAAUUAUGCCAUGUAUUUCCUCAGUCUUUUUGUCACAUGCCGUCUUGUUAAGUACAUAUAAAAUUGUAUGUAACUGAAAAAAUUUGGUGAGCACCAUGUCUUUUAAUAGGAACAUUUUUUUAUUUCUGAAUAUUGUUGAAGGUGUUUUGGCUGUUUAUGACUAUUCUAAACCACUGAUUUAAUAUGUGAAAAUGUGAAAUGAUUUUUCACUGUAAGUCAAUUAAACAAAUGG